CACCGCCCACCAUGUUCCCGGAAGCUGCGACAUGACGCCCUCCGCCCCUCCAGGACGUAGGGUUUUAUAUCCGGAUUCUUAGCGCGGACUCAGAACUCCACUCUUCCCAACGCCGUCAGCACAUGCGCGGCAGCUCUUUUCCUUCUUCCUCCACUUACACUACCUUCCACCGUCCGGGAGCCGCCGCCGCCACCGCCGCCGAGGAGUCAGGAAGUUCAAGAUGGCCGCCGCGGAGACCCAGUCGCUGCGGGAGCAACCAGAGAUGGAAGAUGCUAAUUCUGAAAAGAGUAUAAAUGAAGAAAAUGGAGAAAUAUCAGAAGACCAGUCUCAAAAUAAGCACAGUCGUCACAAAAAAAAGAAGCAUAAACACAGAAGUAAACAUAAGAAACAUAAACAUUCCUCAGAAGAAGACAAGGAUAAAAAACAUAAACAUAAGCAUAAACAUAAGAAACACAAAAGAAAAGAGGUUAUUGAUGCUUCUGAUAAAGAGGGUAUGUCUCCAGCAAAAAGAACUAAACUUGAUGAUUUAGCUUUGCUAGAAGACUUGGAAAAACAGAGAGCCUUGAUUAAGGCUGAACUUGAUAAUGAGUUAAUGGAAGGAAAGGUCCAAUCUGGUAUGGGGCUCAUUUUACAAGGUUAUGAAUCUGGCUCUGAAGAGGAGGGGGAGAUUCAUGAAAAGGCAAGAAAUGGAAAUAGGUCUAGUACUAGAUCUUCAGGUGCAAAGGGGAAACUUGAACUUAUGGACAACAAAAAUGCUACAAAAAAACGAAGUAAAAGCAGAUCCAAAGAACGGACUAGACAUAGGUCUGAUAAAAAGAAAAGCAAGGGGGGUAUUGAAAUUGUUAAAGAGAAAACAACUAGGAGCAAGUCAAAGGAGAGGAAAAAAUCUAAAAGCCCAUCCAAAAGAAGUAAGUCUCAAGAUCAAGCAAGAAAAUCAAAAUCCCCUACCCUUAGGCGGCGAUCUCAAGAGAAAGUUGGUAAGGCCAGGUCUCCUACUGAUGAUAAGGUUAAAAUUGAAGAUAAAAGUAAAUCAAAAGAUAGGAAAAAAUCCCCCAUUAUAAAUGAAAGUAGAAGUCGAGAUCGGGGUAAAAGAUCCAGAUCCCCAGUUGAUUUAAGAGGUAAAUCCAAAGACAGAAGGUCACGGUCCAAAGAGAGAAAAUCAAAACGGUCUGAAACUGACAAAGAAAAGAAACCAAUUAAAUCUCCCUCUAAAGAUGCUUCAUCUGGGAAAGAAAAUAGGUCACCCAGUAGAAGACCUGGUCGUAGUCCUAAAAGAAGAAGUUUGUCUCCGAAACCACGUGAUAAAUCAAGAAGAAGUAGGUCUCCACUUUUAAAUGAUAGAAGAUCUAAGCAGAGCAAAUCUCCCUCUCGAACACUGUCUCCUGGUAGAAGAGCCAAAAGCCGAUCAUUAGAAAGAAAACGAAGAGAACCAGAGAGGAGACGACUUUCUUCUCCAAGAACACGACCUCGAGAUGAUAUCCUCAGUAGACGUGAAAGAUCAAAAGAUGCCAGCCCCAUCAAUAGGUGGUCUCCAACUCGAAGAAGAAGUAGAUCUCCCAUUAGAAGGAGGUCUCGUUCCCCACUCAGACGUAGCAGGUCUCCAAGAAGAAGAAGCAGGUCUCCUCGCAGAAGGGACAGAGGUCGGAGGAGCAGAUCACGCUUGCGAAGGCGGUCUCGAUCACGGGGUGGUCGUAGACGAAGAAGCAGAAGCAAAGUCAAGGAAGAUAAAUUUAAAGGAAGUCUUUCUGAAGGAAUGAAAGUUGAGCAGGAAUCUUCGUCUGAUGAUAACCUUGAAGACUUUGACGUGGAGGAAGAAGAUGAAGAAGCCUUAAUAGAACAGAGAAGAAUCCAAAGGCAAGCAAUUGUUCAGAAAUAUAAAUAUCUUGCUGAAGAUAGCAAUAUGUCUGUGCCAUCUGAACCAAGCAGCCCCCAGAGCAGUACAAGAACACGAUCACCUUCUCCAGAUGACAUUCUGGAGCGAGUAGCUGCUGAUGUUAAAGAGUAUGAACGGGAAAAUGUUGAUACAUUUGAAGCCUCAGUGAAAGCCAAGCAUAAUCUAAUGACAGUUGAACAGAAUAAUGGUUCAUCUCAAAAGAAGUUGUUGGCACCUGAUAUGUUUACAGAAUCUGAUGAUAUGUUUGCUGCAUAUUUUGAUAGUGCUCGUCUUCGGGCUGCUGGCAUUGGAAAAGAUUUCAAAGAGAAUCCCAACCUGAGAGAUAACUGGACUGAUGCAGAAGGCUAUUAUCGUGUGAACAUAGGUGAAGUCCUGGAUAAACGUUACAAUGUGUAUGGCUACACCGGGCAAGGUGUAUUCAGUAACGUUGUACGAGCCAGAGAUAAUGCAAGAGCCAACCAAGAAGUAGCUGUAAAGAUCAUCAGAAACAAUGAGCUCAUGCAAAAGACUGGUUUAAAAGAGCUAGAGUUCUUGAAAAAACUUAAUGAUGCUGAUCCCGAUGACAAGUUUCAUUGUCUGCGACUCUUCAGGCAUUUCUAUCACAAACAGCAUCUUUGUCUCGUAUUCGAGCCUCUCAGUAUGAACUUACGAGAAGUGUUAAAAAAAUAUGGUAAAGAUGUUGGUCUUCAUAUUAAAGCUGUAAGAUCCUAUAGUCAGCAGUUGUUCCUGGCACUGAAACUCCUUAAAAGAUGCAAUAUUCUACAUGCAGAUAUCAAGCCAGACAAUAUCCUGGUUAAUGAAUCAAAAACUAUUUUAAAGCUUUGCGAUUUUGGGUCGGCCUCACAUGUUGCGGAUAAUGACAUAACACCUUAUCUUGUCAGUAGAUUUUAUCGUGCUCCUGAAAUCAUUAUAGGUAAAAGCUAUGACUAUGGUAUAGAUAUGUGGUCUGUAGGUUGCACCUUAUAUGAACUCUAUACUGGAAAAAUUUUAUUUCCUGGCAAAACCAAUAACCACAUGCUGAAGCUUGCAAUGGAUCUCAAAGGAAAGAUGCCAAAUAAGAUGAUUCGAAAAGGUGUAUUCAAAGAUCAGCAUUUUGAUCAAAAUCUCAACUUCAUGUACAUAGAAGUUGAUAAAGUAACAGAGAGGGAGAAAGUUACUGUUAUGAGCACCAUUAAUCCAACUAAGGACCUAUUGGCUGACUUGAUUGGGUGCCAGAGACUUCCUGAAGACCAACGUAAAAAAGUACACCAGCUAAAGGACUUGUUGGACCAGAUUCUGAUGUUGGACCCAGCUAAACGAAUUAGCAUCAACCAGGCCCUACAGCAUGCCUUCAUCCAGGAAAAAAUUUAAACAAGAUGAAGAAACUCCCAAGGGUUUGAGUAAAUACAAAGACUGAAGAAAUUUCACAGCAGUUUAUUAAUGUAUAUAAACUUAUAAAUAUUUCUCCAGCAAAUUUGAGGCAGCAUGAUAUAUUUGAAUUAACACCAAGGGUGAUACUUCUUUUAGAAAUGUUAGUUAAUCUGUUUUGUGUCUUAACGUGAAAUUUCACUGUAGAACUGUUUUAAAUUGCCAAGACUGCACAAAAUUACAGUGCUAAUGUAUAUGGUUGCAGUUCACAUAAAGACAGAAGCAUCUGUGAUAAAAUGAGUAGUAAUAUUGGGUGGUUGAUUUGUUCUUAGCAGACUUGGCUUCAUUUUGGUCUUCAGAUAAAAUGGCCAGCAUAAAUGCUGUUUAUAUUCACGUUUUCCUAGGUGUGUGUGUGCAGGCCACAGCAGCAUGCCCUUGGUGUAGUCAGUGCCGAAAGGGGUCUGUUCCUUCUUGAGCCUGCCUGCAGGGAUGGUCUCCUUUUAAAGCAGGUUGUGUGCAGCAUUCAGUACACUGAAGGUAAGCUAAACCAUCAACAUCUCUGGUGUUUUAAGAUGUUAUUUUAUUGGAACAACUGACAAAUGAGGGAUGUUAGCUUUGUGGCAGAAUUCCCUGCAUGUGUGAUAACUGAUCUUGUUUUAUUUUUUGGCAUUGCAACUGUGGCAUAGUUACAAUUUCUGUUUGUUCAUCGCAUUUAAAAUUGGAAGAGAACGCGCUUGAUGGAUAGAGCGCCUUCAGUGUACUGUUUCUUAUUAACUUUACUUUUUUAAAAUCAACUUGCUAUAGACUUUAUAUACAUUUUGUUAAAUACAGUUCCUAGUGACCUAGAAAUGAUGCGUAGUUUUCAUUUACUAAUUACAAAUGUUGAGGCCUAAUUCUGAAAGUCCUCAUAUUUAAAGGCUAGAUAGACAACGUAAUGAAAUUUUUAACUAUUUGUAUGUCAUUUUGAAAGUGUACUGCUUUAUGGUAAAAGUGUUUUUCAUUUGUUCAUUGUUUUCAUUAUUUGUGAUCAUGUUGUCUUUCAAUACAGGCAUAAACCUUCCACUCUUGAACAAAGCAGCUGCUUUUUAAAAGCGGUAAUUGCUUCUUUACCUUUUAUUUCUUUUGUAAAUGAAUCUUUUCUUUAAGAAUGUGACUUUAAAGUGUUGUCUAUUGCAUAAAACAGUUGACACUCACUUAUUGUAAAGUGAAGAUUGUUCUACUGCAUGUGAAGUGGACCAUGCAGAUUUCUGUAUGUUCUCAGUAUGCAUCACUAGAUAAUAAAGUCUUUUGUGAACAAGGCAUUUGUAGCCAUUUUUAAAAGUUUUUGUCUUCAGUGCUGGUAAAUCAGGUAAACCAUAAAUAGUUAAAAGCAACCUUUUGUUUUUUUUCCUGAAAAUUUUUAAUUGAAAGUAUUAUUAGUUAAAGAUGUAAACCUAGCCAAAAUUAUCAGUUUAUUAUUAAUUAGGAUCCUAAUUAUUUCAAAAAGUCCUACAAAUUAUUGUCAGCUUUCAGUGUAGUGAGAUUAUUCCUGUAGGUUAUGGGGUAUAAUUCAGGAUUUAACUAAUGUUUCUGCUAUUUUCUCACUUUUCCUUUUGAUGGUGCGGAAAGAGAAAAAGGAAAACGGGGCACAGGCCAUUCACCGCCUUCUCCAAGGGGUCUGAUUUGCUGAGACACCAGCUUCACCUUCUUAACAAGGUUAUUUCUGACAGCAUGUGUAGAUAAACAUUUAGCAACAAUUUAAGACAAAAUCAUGUAAAUCAGCUUGGUUUUGCAACACAGAGGAAUUUGUAUUAUUAACAUGGUAGAAGAGAAUUUUCAGAAGUGUAUGUAAUCUUUUCUGUUUGGGGGGUAAAAUUAAUGCUCGUCUCCCUAAAGAAUAUGGAAAAUAAUCAGAUUUUAGGGGUUUAAAUAAUAUUUUUAAAUUGUAAAUGGGAUUUUUUUAUUCACCCAGGCACCUAAUUACAACAAGCAUGCACAUUUUGGUGCAUUCAAGAAUGGAAAAUCAGAAUAGCAGCAUUCUUCUGGUGGGUUUUGCUCCAUUUAAAGACAUGAAAUGAACUACAGCCAGGAAGGUGAUAGAUGAUAUAAUAAGCCACCUCUGAACCUACACCCCGUCUCUUCACGGUUUAGACUUACUAAAAUAAAUACAAGGUGAUUUUCAUCUUCAGGUAGAGUGAAGCCUUUUAAAUAAGGCGUCACAGGUGCAGCUAUUCUAUCUUAAUGAAAUGGGUAGUGAUUUUCCCACCAUUAUUUAUUUUGGUGAUAAUAUGCUGCAUAUUCAAGUCUCUUGUAGUUAUUUUCACUCAAAGUAGUUGACAAUUUGAUGCUUCUGGUGAUGUGUAUGGCUUCAUUUUAUAUAAUUUUUUAAGUAAGUUCCACUAGAAACAGUUCAUCUUAUACCUUCAAAACUAUUACUUGUUCUUUAAAAAACAAAGUUGCUUGUUACUUGUUCUUUGUGUUUUAGGUGCAGCUCAGUGGAAGAUGAUGACAGCCAGAAGACAUGAGCUAAGGUUUCUGUCCUAUAAAAGAUUCAUUAAAAAAGAAUCCUUCAUUUAGUUUUUGUCUGAUUUUUUAGUUUUCAGCACUGUGAUUGGGUUUUAUUAGUGUUUGGUAUUUAGAAUAGUGGUGCUAUUGUGGUGUUCAUCUGUAAAGUGCUUGUUUUAUCAUACUUCCUGCCUCUUCCCCUCCUCUCCUAAAAUAAAAACAGUAGUCAACUUUAGUGAUAUACAAGGCUGUUGGGUGAUGAGAUUCCACAUAACACAUGGUUGUCAAAAUUGGAUCUUAAAAACAGCGGCCACCAGAAGAGCAUAUAUCUAAAAGUUAGUCUUCAGCUUUUAGGCAGAUGCAAAAGAAUAGAAACUGGAAUAUUAAGAAUACUGCUCAACUCCUCUAGUAUCUAUUCCCCAACUUACCCUUUAGUAACCUUGUUAUUAAUUAGUGUUCUAGCCUUAAAGUAGAGAAAAUAUUUAGAGCCACUGUUAGCUUUUCUUAAGGGAAAUGAAAAAGAUGAUACUGUGGAUUUUUUUUAUACUCCAUAAUUUAGCAUAUCUAAACUACCUAUUUGAAAGGAACCCUAUAAACUGUCUUAUGUACAUAUACAUGAUUUUCUUACCAUCUGUAAUUUUGCUGAGGGGCAGUUGAGAACUCUGCAAGACCUACUAGAUUGAAUUUAUUUAGUGAAUUCUCCAUAAUAAAUUUGCAUUCAUCUUUUAGAAUAGCUGUAUAGUUUUCAAAUGUUAUCUGUCAUGAAGUUUUUGCUUUUAUUAUACUUUAUGGCAAAAAUGAUAGCAAGUGAUUAUCAGACUUGAGGGCUCAUAAAAGUCUUAGGUAUAGCUCUCAAAGAUGUCAUAGUUUUUUCUAAGAUUGGGAGAAGAGUUGAGAUCUAGAAAUUACAGACGUUUUUAAUACUUUGGAUAGACUUUAUUCUUGAAGGUCAUCAGAAAUGAGGUUGGAAUUUUGAGGUUUUGAGCGGGGGUAGCAUUUUAUAUUCACCCUUAAAUCGUUAUUACUACAUCCCUUUUCUUCAUUCCCCAGUAGCUGUCUCAUUUCACUCUACCUUCUCAAAAUUUUGUUUUAAAAUAGAAACUUUUUGCCAUUGUUAAUAAGUACUACUUUAUUCCUAACAAGAAUAAGUACUCAGGACAUUUUUUUCAAUAUGAAAUAUUUAUAUAAUGUUGUAUGGUAUGUGGUAAAAGAAUUGAAUUGUAAUGUUCUCAGUUUUGUUCCAUAUUUGCAUUCCUCUUAUGCUUUACCUGUAUUUCUUCAUUUGUAAGCAAAAUUCUAGCUAUAUGGGUAAAAGUAAAAUCUCUGAGAUGAAACAAAGGAACCAUACAUAAUAAAAUUUAGGCCAAGUAGUUAAGAAAUGGCCCGUUUGAAUGUUUGAGAUAGGAAAGAAGCCAUAUGUUCAAAUGUGUCAUUUUCCUCCCUUAGUUAUAAUGACAUCUUUACCAAUUGGGCUCAUAAAUGUGUUUCUUUCUUAUUUGUAUUCUAGUUCCAGUAUAUUUUUAACAUGAAUUUUAUCAUUCUCCUCCUAUUGGAAUGUCCUCCUUAUAGAAAUGUCCACGACAAAUUCAUUUAUAUUUUUUACAUGUCAAUAAUAUAUGCUAAAUUAACUUCAAAAUGUUUUCCGGUUUUUCUGAUAGAUGUCAUUAUGGCAUCCUUAAUUUUUCUUCUCCUGUGUAUAGGAUAAGGGACUGUUCUGAAGAACCUUUCCAUUUAGUGACCAAGAUAUGGAAGCUGAUUUCUGAAAAUGCUCAGUGUAUAUUCUAAUUAUUUGUGGGACCGUUUGAAUUGUAACUUGCAUUUUAGCAGUGCAUGUUUCUAAUUGACUUAUUGGGAACUGAAUAAAAUAUGCCUCCUAUUAUCA